AUGGAGCUGCUGUUUAUCGGAGCUGUUAUGGAGCUGCUGUUUAUCAGUAACUUUGGCCUCUGGUCUACCCCUUCUCAACCCUCUCUCCCUCCACCCUUCUCCUUUGUCUCCAGGACACCGGCGGCUUGGGCUCUUGUUGGACUGCAGUGGAGAUGGAUAGUUGGAGAGAAAGGUCAAGCCAGAGAUGUAGCCUGUAAAUAAAUCAAUGAGCUUCCAGCCAUGCGGUGUUGACCGAUCGCUCCACAGGUCCUCAGUCUGCAAUCAGUGUCCGGAGGCCUUCCUGUGGCUGUGACCCUGGCCCAUACACCUCAUCUCUCACGUCUGGCUGAUUGACAUGGCUAGCCUCACAGGCCCACCCGCUUCCUAGUGAAACAAGGAGGAUCUUCAAAGUGAUAGUUUACAGCUGUUCCGUGGGUUAAUCCUGAUCCUUUCUUUCUUUUGAAGGGGAUGCCAGGACAUAAUAGCCUGGGCUAUUCUUCACUAAAUUGUUAAGGGAUUUCUCUGGUUAUUCAAUAGCAAACGGGGAGUAGGUGAUACGAGAACAUGUGUUGCUAAAUGUACCAUGAUUAUCAAACCACAAACUCCUCCAUACCCCUCUCUCUCCUCCGGCCUCCUCUUUUAGCUCACCCACUCACACUGAUACUUAUCACUGCGGCAGAAGCAUUGAAAGUAAUGUCUUUAGUGGGAAAUCAUUGGCAACAUGUGGUGAAAGCUUAAGUUGUUGUCACACUUUAUUAAAUUGCCUAUAAUCAGUUCAAAGGGAAAGUUAGCAGGAGAAAGAAAGAAGAGGAACAGGGAGGUGAAAACCCACCACUCCCAUGGCUGAGGCCUCUCAGCUGCACUGCUUAGCCUUUAACCAUGCAGGGAUAUUUUUUGAAAUAUCUUUAUCUGACAAAGCUUGUCAAAAUGUUUGGUCUUCUCCAUUUGAAGGGGUGCUUUGAGGGUUCAUAGCUGCACCAUAUCGAAUACAACUAUGCUAUGCUGUAGUAAUAGUGCAUUGCUCUAACGAGGUGAGAGUCUCGGUUCUUGUAAAUCUCAACUGAUAGAAUGUGUACAUGACAGAGAGAGAGGGAGAGAGUGAGGGAAGAGAGAGAGACGGUGAGUGCUAAGAGAUGGAAGGAUGGAAGGAGGAAUUGUGUGGACAAAGGAUUGGAAGGAGAUAAUGAUUCCCUUGGGAGUCCUCUUAAAGGUAUCUGCUGAGAGUAUCUCUUCUUCUAGUGAUGAGGUCCAAUGCUGAGAAGGUCUGGGUAAAUAUUGACACUUUGCUGCUGGAAUCGUGAUCAUUGAUCCACACAGGAGGGUCUUAUGGGCUGAUCUGUGCACUCAGGUGUGGCAGGAGAGAAAAGCAGAUCCUGACUGCAAACGAAAGCAGGGACAGAGGAUCCUGCUGGUGGUCCUCUUUUUGGUCCCUGCUCUAUCUGUGACCACACAACAAACGUCCUACCUCAGCCUUCAGAGGGGUUCAUAUUGGCAGCAGUAGAAACUGAUGGAUCUUUAGCAGAUAUUGAUUUUGAUUGAGUCAGUUGGUCAUUUUUUUGUCUUAUGAGUCAUAAUUAAGCAAUAAUGCCCGAGGAGGCGUGGUAUAUGGCCAAAAUACCACGGCUAAGGGUUGUUCUUAAGCACGACGCAAUGCGGAGUGCCUGGAUACAGCCCUUAGCCGUGGUAUAUUGGAAAUAUACCACAAACACCCGAGGUGCCUUAUUGCUAUUAUAAACUGGUUACCAAUAUAAUUAGAGCAGUAAAAAUGAAGUUUUUUUUAUACCCGUGGUAUACGGUCUGAUAUACUACGGCUGUCAGCCAAUCAGCAUUCAGGGCUCGAACCACCCAGUUUAUAAUCAUAUUUCUACGUUUGGAUGAAAGUAAUAAUCUAACCAUGCUGGCCCAACAACUGUUGCAUCUCUUCCCUCUUGCCCCAUUAGGCUUAGCCUACACUACAAACUGCAGACCCUGUUCAUCUUAUGUCUGGAGUCAGCACAACCAAGUUGAUGUGUUUAUUAUAGUAUUUUUAUGGAUCAGCGUAAUCAUCAUAGUCCACGUCUUUCCCCUGUCUCCCGUGGGCAUGUUCGCCCCACCGCCUGGGCCUCUAUCUGCUAAUCAGGUAAUGUUAGGGAGGUUGAAUGGCGUGCCUCCCCCUGGUCGGCCUUCACUGCUCACACACUGGUGUUGUUUUAAAGAGCAUUCUUUAGGAGCUGAACUUGGAAAGGUAUUAAAGUGGGAUUAGGGUCCUCCACAAUCCAGUGCUUGUGUCAUUCAGGGAGCUGGGUUCUCUUCUCUGCACCGCAUCCACCCACCCCCUCUCUGUUUGAUUGUGGCUAGCCGCGGGAGUCGGAGUGACUGGGCCUUUCAAAGGAGAGAGGUAGGGUUAAAUCUCUAGUCCAGUGCUCCCUGCUAAUUCCCCUUGUUCCUUAGAGAAGGAUUUACUUCUGCUGCCAGCUUCUGAAAGGCCCUCUCUGCCCAUCCGAAAAGUUGCUGUUGCCUUCCUGUGGAGGUGUGGUUGCCAUAGAAGGGGCGUCAUGCAUGGAUAUUCCAUCUGAACCCCACUGAGAAUGGGGAACAGGGGCCGACAACAGGCUAGAAGUCCGGAUUAGACCAGAGGACAAAGCGGGACAGGAAGAUUCCAGAAGGGACAAAUAGGAAUUACAGCACCAAAAAUAAUGCAAAGUGACAGAGAGGGGAAAUAGAAAAAUAAUGGCUUACAAGAUUAGAAUCAGAGAGGCAAGAAAGAAAAUAAAGAAGGGGCUGAAUGAGAAUGUUUUCAUCUGGGUGAGAAGAUUUGAGAGAGCGGUUGAAGGUGAAUGUGGAAUCCGGGACAUAUCAAACCAUACUAACAAGUCAUUUCCUCUGCCUUUAUCCUCUCAGACUAAGACGCCAAUCAUUAGCUAAACAUUAGAGCUGGACCUCUGGGCUGGUCUCCACACAUUCAUCCCCCCAUGUCCCUCAAUCCCAGCAUGCAACAGUUAGACAGUCCAUCUUUCUAAAGCUAUGAAUUAUUAUUGAUCUAUCUUUGAAAAAGGAGGUGAACAUUUUGAUUUGUGUAAACAGCAAUAGCUAAUAUUCCAAGCAACUGCAUGGUUGAUCCACGAGGGCUUUCAGUGUAACUGAUCUCUUUUUGUUUUACACGUACGCUUUUGUGUGGUAGACUUUGGAUUAUGGAUGUUUGAUGUCCCUACUAUUAUCUUGUGAUGCAUAAUGCAUGACUAUUCAUAUUAGGUGAUCUUUAAGGUUAUAUGAAUACCAUAUUUUGUUGCGAUCACAGUAAUUUCAUUGUUGAGCAGAUAAGCGUAAUGUAGGUCAGCAGGUUGUUUUCACAAGAAGUCAGCUUGUUUGCAAAAAGUUAUUUUUUAAGGGAUUAUCCUCUAGGUUUUUCCAUAGUUUAAUAAUAAUCUUCUUAACGUAUUGUAAUAAACGAAAGAUGAAAUGAUUUCAUAAAGCCUGUGUGUGCUAAUUCUGUUAUCUCUGUUAUUUUGCCAUUAUAGUGAGAAAAGUUGGAGUGCGAUGUUGGCAAUCUUAGGGUUGGAGGCUUGUUUUCCCGCUCAGGUCACAUGUGUUCGCCACUUUGGAUAAUAAUGGCAUAUUUUGUAUUAAACAUUAUAUCUGGAGGUUAUAACCAUUAAGAAAAUGUCAUAUUUGCUCUAUUAUCAAUGAUUUUGAUGGUAAUGAGGAUUGUGAUGAUGAUACUAUUGGAUAGCUUAUAAAAUUACCCAUCCACUGGUGUAGAACCAGUCUGAUUUGUAGUACAGUCUGAUCUGUAGUAAAUGGCAGCUCAAUGAUGGACCUAAUAUGAGAUGUAGAGACUAGAGACAGCAACCAAACGUGUACUAUCUUGUUUCAACCAUGCAAACAGCUGCUCUACUGAACUGUGUGGCAGACACAAACUCCCUAUAAGUUUUAAUUCAGCAUCUACAAUAAAAUUAGCAUGACAAAACCUUCCCUGGGUUUCUCUCCCCUCAUAUUUACACAUAUUCAUCACUAUCGCUCAUCCCUGUCCUGAAACAGCAGAUGAUGUCAAUUGCUCCCUUGCACAAUGAAAUAGAUGUUCACCACAAAUAGAUAGGCGGCUGCCAGCUGUCCUCCAGACCAACGCAAACAAAGAGCAUGCUAGUAAAUCCAACUUCAUGGCUGGACAAAAUCAACCACACUCUCUGUCUCCUUGCUCCAGCUAAUGGGGCUCCUUCUGAACAACAACACAUGAAUUAAAAACUCUCCCAGCCACCAAUAAAACAGUACAAACAGUUUGACAUCUUCCUGAAAGGAUAGAAAGGAAGAUGGAGGUGUUGUCUGGGUACUGGUAAUGUUGCAAUGUACCAUAGAGGCUGGUUUAGGAUGGCCAGAUGAGGUCUGAUAAGUAGGAGGAGAUGAAUAAACAGAUAUAGUGGGUGUAGAAUAGUAUGGGGAGGGGACACAGUGGGCAUGUUCCAGUUCCAAGGUAUUACUCCAACAGACCAUGCUGACAACCCAUUGCAACAGUUGCAUAGGGCCAAAUAUAUCAGAUGCUAAUCCGACAGAGAAACGGUGAUUACGAUAAACAAGUGAAAAGGUGAAAAGGACAUGUGUAGGGUUUUAAUGUGCUGAUUCUAAUUGAGCAUUAUAACUGACUGAACCCAGUGUUGGCCAGCUGUCUGAGGCUAAGAGGCAUUUGGGUGCCCAUGACCGAGCGCUGUUGGAGUGGCGUGGGGCUGGGGCAACCCUAGGCACUUUAACACAUGAGCUCCAGUCAAAAGAAUCACUUACUGGUACUGGCUGCCCACAGGAUCAGCCCACAGCCGCCUGCCCCCUGCCCCCAAACCCUCUUAAUCAAAAGCCCAUGGUGACAGGCCAAGCUAGGGAGACUAAGUAUAAGAUUCUGUGAUGAAAUAAUAAUAUUAAUGUUACAUACGUUUUCAAUGCAGUGAUUAGUAAUGCUAGAUUUUCUCUCAUCUUCUUCCAUAGAUUGUUUGCCACCAAGUGCAGCGGAUGCCUGGAGAAGAUCUCCCCCACAGAAUUUGUGAUGCGUGCUCUGGAGUGUGUGUACCACUUAAACUGCUUCUCCUGCUGUGUAUGUGACCGGCAGCUGAGGAAAGGGGAUGAGUUUGUCCUGAAGGAGGGCCAGCUGCUAUGCAAGAGUGACUAUGAGAAGGAGAAGGACCUGCUCAGUUCUGUCAGCCCAGACAACUCCGACUCAGGUAGCACUAUUUCCUUUCCUAGGACCAAAUCUUAUCUCAAAAACAUAUUCUGGGUGAGAUCCCCAGUUUUUUGUGAUUCAUUUUAUUCUAAUAGUAAUAUUAUGGGCAGGGAGCAGAAGCCAAUCUGUAUUAAUGGCUGUUGGGUUCUUGUGUUGGCGGGCUGUUGUGCUGGAAGGAAUUAAAUCAGUGUAUCAUGGUGACUGAUGGGAGGAUUUGGGGCCUUUCUGCGGAGGGCCGAGCGGAGCACCUCUUAUCUGCUCCUCUGUGUUCCUUGCAUCCUCACCUCCAUACAAUGAGGCAUCUCACCAAGCCUUACUGUUCAGACCCAUCUGGCUCUCAUUUAAACACAAAGACAGAGAACUUGUCAAACGCAUCUGUGCCUGUGUACACUUUUGUCAACUUAUAGGAAUAUUUGUUUCACUUCCGCUCUUCGUUUUAUCCCAGUGAAUCACACAGGCAGUUUAUGGAGGGUCUCCAAAAUUCCCGAGUUGACAUGCACAGAGUAUAACUUUGACGUAUAUGUCAGACAGAAUGUUGAAAUCAACUGGAGAAAUGCAGUUUGGCCUACUACACCACACUAUUUACAGUAGAGAUGAUCAGAACCAGAUGACAGCAGACAGAACAGAACCAUCAUGUAUGCAUCUCUAAGCAAUCACUGGAAGCCCACAUCAUUUGUUGCUUGAAUUGACAUUGCUGCUGCUUCUGAGAACACCGCCUUUCACUCACACAGGCCUUAUAUUAUCUUACUAAUGCAUUGGGGAUACAUUAUUCAACACAGGAUUCAAACCCAUUAUGUUUAGUGUUAUAAUUAUGAUUAUCUUUCUAUUACACUGAUAUUGCUUAUUAGAUUAGCAGACUAUUUUGAUGAUAAAGCAAUUUAGCUAGUUGGUUAAGAUGGCACUUAAUGUGUGCCAAUAGAGAGAAACAUCAAGAUCCCUUUAUGGACACAUGCAAUUACCAUAGACAAUACAAUCUACAUCAGCUUUCCACCUUUUGGUAACUUUUUGCAAUUUUACAUUUACAUUUUAGUCAUUUAGCAGACGCUCUUAUCCAGAGUGACUUACAGUUAGUGAGUGCAUACAUUCUUUUUUUUUCAUACUUCAUUUUACUCUUUAUGCAUAGCCUCCCUUCAGUAUUUUUGUCUGUUGGGACCCAAUGUGCAUUUUCCUAUUAUUUUGAGUUUGUGUGGUUCUAAAAUAUAUAUUUCCCAUUUCCUUUGAUAUCUUGAGUGAAUUUCCCAUAUGUGCUCAUGCUGCCUUUUCAUGUUGUGGUGGAUCUGCUAUGUAGGAUUCUUAUCAAAGAUUUAUUUGGUGUAAAACAGCCAGUGUAAUGAAUUACCAAUGACACAAUGUCAAAUCUAAUGACAAAUGUGCAUUUUCCAUUAUGCUUUUCUGGUAAGAACUACAGUCCUCUGAAUGUCUAAUCGUGCAUGUGGCCUAUUGUUUUUGUAAUAAAUUGAUAAGAAAGUAUUAAAACCACAUGUGUCUCCAUUCAUUAUGGAUACACUUGUGAAGUCGGAAUCUCUUGGAAUUGAAAAGAACAAAAACAUAUAUUUAUCAGUAGACUGUCAGGGAUGUUGUCAGCUCAAACUCAUGCUGAUAUUGGUGAAAAAUGUCUGUAUCUCCAUGCAGAGAAAAGCGACGAUGAGGAUCUGGAUAUCAAGCAGGAGAAAGGCACGGGUGGCCAGGGGAAGGGAGAUGAUGGGAAGGAUCCAAGGAGACCCAAGCGACCCCGCACCAUUCUGACCACUCAGCAGAGACGAGCUUUCAAAGCCUCCUUCGAGGUGUCAUCCAAACCCUGCAGAAAGGUGAGGCCCUCUCCUGUCCUCCACAUGACCUGGUCUCCACCACAGCAGCUCUACUCUCACCAGACAGACAGACAGACAGACAGACAGACAGACAGACAGACAGACAGACAGACAGACAGACAGACAGACAGACAGACAGACAGACAGACAGACAGACAGACAGACAGACAGACAGACAGACAGACAGACAGACAGACAGACAGACAGACAGACAGACAGACAGACAGACAGAAGGACAGACACAUGUAAUCCCACUGUCUGCCUACUGAACACUGAACAGAGGUGAAAACUAACACUCUAUUUAACCUCUUGCGUGAAGACAGCUGGCUUCAGUUUGAGCACAAAAGUAGCUGAGGAACAAGUAUAUGUACAGAAAAUGAACUGUAAGAACGGCCUACAUUGGGAAAGCUAUUUGAAAUGUCUGCAUGGCUGCAUUAUCCACACAUUGUGAACUGAAACCUGGGUUUUGUGAAACAAAAUCAAUAUUUUAAGCUUGCUUUGAGGUGUUUUUGUAGUAUAUGGUCGAUGCAAAUCCAUACUAAUACUUUAUAAUAUCCCCCUGGACAGACUGGCAUGUUUAGAAUUGGAGGCAUGCCAUGAGGCCUACAGUAGUUUUACAAAUAAAAUUCUCAAAUCUAAAAAUCUCCAGCACCUCAGAGCGGUGCUUUGAAGUGGCAAGCAGCACUCUGGUCUGUGUUAACUGAGGUAGAGGGUAACGUAGCCCGCCUGCCCUGCGCCAAAUGACAUUCUGAGAGAGAGGAACUGCAUUUAGCGUAGGCCCUAAAAGCAUUCACUGCACCCGGUCCAAAGCUUUGAAGAGGCAGUAACCAAGAGGUCCAAAAAGACCACCACAUUAAUUCAACAUUUGAAAUCAAAGCAAAUAGAGAGUCAAGGCGCCCACUUGGAUAUAUGCCAAAGGUUUUUCAAAAAGCACAUACGAUUCCAAUCUGUAGUUAAGUUUGUUUUCUUGUGUGAUGUUGAAAUGCUUUUGUGUUGACUAUUAAAGGUGAGGGAGACUCUGGCUGCUGAGACAGGCCUCAGUGUUCGUGUGGUGCAGGUGUGGUUUCAAAACCAGAGAGCCAAGGUGAGAGCAUAACCACCCCAAAGGCAGUGUUAUUUGAGAUAAUGAUGUUAUUUGCUACUAAUCAAGAGACCAAAGUAGCAACAGCAAUGGUACACAUGGAUUGGCUGGAAUGAGCAAAACAUUACUGUAAUACAGCUAACAAAUCACCACAGCUAUCAACGAUAAAUUAAACUUUUUCAUUGCAUUCCUUUCAACUCUGUAAAGUUAAAGUGCAACGCUUGCAAAUCUACCUCAGUCUUCCAUUAGAUGUAUACACCCACCUCUUUUUUUGAUAUUAUCUUCAAAAGCCUUUGAUAAUGAAGUAUAGUCAGAUACGUGUUCCUGUAGUUCACUCAGGGGUGAGCAACAAGGAGCAUCGUUUUCAAAUUAAAAAGAGCACAUGUUAGUUUGGGGAGUUACUUAAAACUGUCUCCUUUUUUUCAGAUGAAGAAGCUGGCAAGAAGACAGCAGCAGCAACAGGAACAACAAAAUUCUCAACGGCUUGGCCAAGGUACAGGACACAGCUUUCAGUUCGGCCUGAAAUAGGGCAAUAACCACUGUCCCAGUAUCGUUUUCAAUAGCUGUUUCAGUAGUUUAAAAACAGCUGUUAUUACCAUGACUUUAGACAGUUAUUUUGCAUUUGACUUGAUGUUUAAAUUGUGAUCUGGGAUUAUCACAUAGCAGAAAUGAAAAUGAUGUUUCAGCCAGCUAAACGUGUAGCAUGGCACUUCAAUGAGAAGCACAGAGGCAGGAUAAUCACAUACUGUAAACCACAGCUCUGUGUAACCACUCCAAAACAUGGCAUUCAUUGAGGCAACAUGCGAACCAUGGGAGUAGAACGGUCGUAAUGGCUUCUGCUCAUGUGUGACCUCACUCAUAUUAUCCCUAGUGUCCACUGGUGUGCGGAGGUGGAGGAGGCUAGCUAGCGUCUGUGGCCCCAGUCAGGCGUGGUACAGGAGAGACCGUGUCAGCUGUGUGUGUGGGUGGGGAGAUUUACAACUCAAACCCUGUUAAGCAUCCUUGUAAAUUAGAUGACCCGUCCUGUGUGAGUACUGUAGUCUGCAUGCUGUAGCCAGGUCCAACUCUCACGUCCCCGUUCAGAUACUGCACUCCUGUAAUGAUGUCAUACACACACAGCGUUAGAGCCACACCAACACGUGUUCACAGACAAUCUUCUCAGAAUUCAAGGCAAAUAAAAACAGAGGAAAAUGAAAAAAUAUUGCAGAUAAUACCAUGGUAACACACCGCCAGGCAUAAUACCUAAAGCAGUUGUAAAAUGUUUACAAAUCAUAUUAGAUUGGGAUUUUUAGAUUAAAUUGUGGUAAUGAUAUCAAUCCAGUCAUAGACAAAAGCUCAAUUGGAAAGGCAUACAUCCACUAUGGAGGAAGGAUCUCACAGUAUGGUAAGAAAACACACAAAGUUUACAGUAGACAUAAGAUUCACGAUUUAAGAGAUGUUGCAUUAGAGAAAUUAUAGUUUUACAAGCUAAAGCAGCUCUAUCUUUCUUUACUGUGGAAAUCCCAAGGCUUACAUUGACAUUGUAUUACUGAACAACUACAAUGCCUUGGUACUGAAAAGCCAUGAAGCUCAUUGAAUCAUUUCCGGUUACAGUAUAAACUUAAUGUAAUAAUGCUUUCAUUUUAUGGACCAGUUUGUAAGACUGACCUCGUGGUGUGUUAAUUUAUGGACCUUUUGUCAAACUCUCUAGGAAAAGGCUUGUAGUCAUGCCCUGAAAUGCUGUUGCCCAAAAGUGCAUACUGUGGAUAGGAUAGUAUGGGAGGAGAUAGGAUAUACAGUGCCUUCAGAAAGUAUUCAUACCCCUUUACUUUUUCCCCAUUUUGUUGUGUUACAGCCUGAAUUUAAAAUGGAAUAAAUUUAGAUUUUUUUGUCACUGGCCUACACACAAUAUCCCAUAAUGUCAAAGUGUAAUUAUGUUUUUCAACAUCUUUACACAUUCAUUAAAAAAGAAAAGCUAAAAUGUCUUGAGUCAAUAAGUAUUCAACCCCUUUGUUAUGGCAAGCCUAAAUAAAUUCAGGAGUAAACAUGUGCUUAACAAGUCACAUAAUAAGUUGCAUGGACUCACUCUGUGUGCAAUAAUAGUGUUUUAACAUUAUUUUUUUAUGACUACCUCACCUCUGUACCCCACACACAUACAAUUAUCUGUAAGGUUCCUCAGUCAAGCAGUGACUUUCAAACACAGAUUCAACCACAAAGAACAUGAAUGUUUUCCAAUGUUUCACAAAGAAGGCAACCUAUUGGUAGAUGGGUAAAACAAAUAAAAAGCAGACACUGAAUAUCCCAUUGACUAUGGUGAAGUUAUUAAUUACAAUUUGGAUGGUGUAUCCUAACUUAGUUGCCGGAGAGGAAGGAAACCACUCAGGGAUUUCACCAGUUACACAGUUUAAUGGCUGUGAUAGCAAAAAAAUGAGGAUGGAUCAAGAACAUUGUAGUUACUCCUCAAUACUAACCUAAUUGACAGAGUGAAUAGAAGGAAGCCUGUACAGAAUUAACAUAUUCCAAAACAUGCAUCUUGUUUGCAACAAGGCACUACAGUAAUACUGCAAAAGAUUUGGCAAAACAAUUAACUUUUUGCCCUGAAUACAAAGUGUUACGUUUAGGGCAAAUCCAACACAACACAUUACUGAGUACCACUCCAUAUGUUCAAGCACAGUGGUGGCUGCAUCAUGUUAAGGGUAUGCUUGUAAUGGUGAAGGACUGGGGAGUUUUUCAGGAUAAAAAAUUAAUGGAAUGGAGCUAAGCACAGGCAAAAUCCUAGAGGAAAACCUGCUUCAGUCUGCUUUCCAUCAGACACAGGGAGAUGACUAUGCCUUUCAGCAGGACAAUAACCUAAAACACAAGGCCAAAUCUACACUGGAGUUGCUUACCAAGAAGACAUUGAAUGUUCCUGAGUGGCCGAGUUACAGUUUUGACUUAAAACUACUUUAAAAUCUAUGGCAAGACCUGAAAAUGGUUGUCUAGCAAUGAUCAAACAUGUUUUCACUUUGUCAUUAUGGGGUAUUGUGUGUAGAUUUUUUAUUUGAUUUCAUCCAUUUUAAAUUCAGACUGUAAUAACAAAAUGUGGAAUAAGUCAAGGGGUAUGAAUACUUUCUGAAGGCAUUGUAUGUAUUUAAGAUAACAAAUCCAUUCUGUGCAGUUAACUUAAACAAGAAAAAAUCACAAGAACAUAUAAAAAUAAAUGAAUGACAGAUAUCUUUUCACAAGGGCGCACAACUGUAAAGGAAAGUGCAGGGUGGUGGGCUCUAGACUGAAACCCACAAGGGCUGUGUGUGCAUCCCACUCACCACUGAGUGAGUGAAGAGCAACCUUCUACCAGGAAAUGCUGGGAGAAUCUCCCUUGGCCACAGCAGAGCAGGGAGGGUUUCCAUGGAGACAGUGCUCUUGGUCUAGUUUCUGUAUUAGAUUUCGAGUUGAUGGCUUUCCUUCCAGCUGAAAAAUGCUUAUCAGAUAAAUGCCUCUUCGAUAGCAGUCUUAAUGUAAAGUCUUUCUCCAUGUGGUUGGCUGUGUUACAGAGGUGAUGUCCAAUCGGAUGGAGGGCAUGAUGAACUCCUUCACACCACUGGCCCCUCCCCAGCAGCAGCUGGUUGCCAUGGAUCAGAACGGCUACAGUACGGACCCCUUCCAGCAGGGCCUCACCCCCCCACAGAUGCCCGGGGACCACAUGAACCCAUAUGGUGAGCAUCAGUCCUCCUGCCCCUCUACUCAACCUCACACGCUCCCCAGUGUGGGACAUGUGUUCAGGCCACAGACCCCUGGUUUAGGCUGCUCGCACAAAGUACAAGCACCCCCCCCCCCCCUCCCACAUGAGAUGACACAAACAUACUCACAGGCCACUGGUUUAUUUUGAAGUACAUUUUUUAAUCAAUCCAACAUGUUUUCUACUACCCUCCUCCUCCCACCCCACAAUCACUCGCUAUAUUCUCUCUGUGCAUGGGGUUUGGUGACAUGCUCUGCUAUGCUAUCUAACAGUUUGCAUUGCGGACUAUGUGAAGAGCUUUUAGAUAAUCCAAAGGGCUCGCGGUAAAUUAUAAUCAAAACAAUGGUGACCAUGAUGAGUGAAUAAUGUGCCACGAUGGGAAAUAACCAUAUUAUGUGAUUAAUGUGACAAUCAGAGGGAUGCAGCUGCAAGCAAGAAACACAAAUAUUUUAAUCAAUUUUGAAUCUCUUAUUUUAUUCUUCCCUUUACUUACACGGGGUGAAACUGUUAGAAGACAAUUCUGAGCAGUGUCUCCAACCCCAUAAAGAUAGCUUCCUGAACUUUAUAUACUUUUCUUAAACCACUUUUUUGUUUCUUGCAAUUGCAACACCCAAAGUCCCAGUCUCAUCACACUCUCUCUGUUUUUAUGGGAUAAAUAGAGGGAAGGAUGAUAUUGCCAACACAUUAAACGAUAUGUCUCUUCAUCACUCUGUCCCCGUCAGCGUCAUUAAAAUCUGGAGUGCAAUAAAGUUAACAAUUCCCGCAAGGAAAAUAAUAGGACAAGAAAUUAUGAAAUGCAUAUUAAGUUCUUUGUUGACAUGUUCCUCUCAGUUCCAUAGUAAGUGUCCCAGAGAGGCAGGACAAUGCCUUCAGAGAGUUAUUGUCAAAACAGUUUUCAGAAUUACACUAGCAUGUAAUAACAAUCAUUCAAAGUGGGAUUCAAGACUAACAAUUAUCACUUUUCAAGACAGUCAUAAAUACAGUAUAUCAGAUGUAUUAUCAUUGCAAUUGGAAGUUGCAGUUUGCUUUUAUUCAAUGCCCCAUGCAUAUUUUUUUUUUACUGUACAUGAUUAUAUUCUUGCAACUUAUUUUUCUCUUUCUCUUUACAGGUAAUGACUCAAUUUUCCAUGACAUAGACAGUGACACAUCUUUAACCAGCCUCAGUGACUGCUUCAUGGCAUCUUCGGAAGUGAACAUGCAAGCACGUGUGGGACCCAUUGACCGACUCUAUUCCAUGCAGAACUCUUACUUUGCAUCAUGAAAGAACCACAUACAGAAAUUAUGUUACGUAAUAUAGCAGAUCAUCCACAAACUCUGCUUCUCAACUUCCUCAACUGCUUCACAUCAAGGAGUUUCCACACUGCUAUGGACAAGGCAUAAGCAACAACCUCUUCCAAUGACUCCUGGAUCAUUUGCAGACAAUGGACUCAAAGAGAGAGAAACUAGUUUCUCAACUGAGGUUACUUGGGAAAAUACUAUUUUCUUUUCCUUUCUAGAGAUUAUUGGUAGCAUAUUUGUAUAUUACUGUCACAGAAGUAGCACAUAUUUCUUUGUCCACCUAAAGAAAAUUCAUGGAGCCACUGAUUUAAAAACCUCUAACCAAAUACUACAGGCCUACCAGUUCUCAUAAUGCAUGACUCCAUAGUUAAUCCUAUGACCAUAAAAGUGAAAAACCCUUUAAAAAAAUCAUGUGAAUUAUUGAGAUGUCAGAAUGCUGUUUUGAACUCCAUUUCCUCUUUAUAAUGCAUUCACAUUGAUAGUUGUAGCCCUAAAGAGAAUAUAUGGUGUUCAUAGUAAAUAGACAGUGUGUUCGCAAGAGAGGAUGUGAGUGUGUGUCCAUCCGAGAAAGAGCGUAGACAUAUUCACCUUUAGAAAAAGAAAUAUGGAGUGUAGUGUCUGUUUAGUGUAAAUACUUUCCCAAACAGAUUGGUUGUGCAUGUUAAAAUGGAAAACAUUCUAUUUAUUUAACUACAACAUGCUCUUGAAGUUACUUAUGAAUCUGAAAAGCUUUAUUUAAAAGGAUAAUAUUUUGUGAUGUAACUAGUGAGUACCAGUGGAGGCUAUUGAGGGGAGGAUGGG